GGCUGAGCGCGCGUGCGAGCCUGGCCUGCUCACAUCUGCCGUGUGGCCUGUGGCUGCCAUCUACCGUGUGAGUCAGACAUCUUCUCGUUCAAGUCUGCUCUUAGUCAGCUGGACAUAAUCACCUUGUUAUCCUCUGACCAAGGCGACAUAGGCUGACGUCAACUGCAUGAACUGCUGACGACUUUCACCAAGGUUUAAGUGGCUGAACUGUGGCUGACCAUUAGUCACGUGAUGUGCUAGAGUGGGUGGUGACAUUUUGAAACAUUUACUUCCCCAGACAACAAAGAUAUUUCAGUGGACGCUGAUGGAGACUAACGACAGCAAGGAGGGUUUUGACGAGGCAACCAUGGAGAUGUUAUGCGCCAACCUGCCCAGCCACGCCUUCAACAGCACUACCCCCGACCCCCGGCUCCAGAAGGCGUGGCGUGAGACGGCCCGCACGAACCAGAUCACCCCCCUGCUCAAGGAGGAGCUGCGGCUCAGGAUCCUGGCCAAGCGGGAGCAGAAGGGGGAGCCCCAGAUAGACACCACGUGUCAGGCUCCCAAAACCUACGAGCUGACGGAAGAAGAGAAGAAGAAAAGAGAAAGAAGAAAAGAACAGAACAGACGAGCGGCCAAAAAAUGUCGAGAGAAGAGGAAGAUGAAAACUCUGAGUGACGCCGAGAGAACUGACAGCAACAGGGAGCUGAACCAGAAGCUCAAGGACGACGUGACCUUCAAGCGUCACCAGCACCAGGUCUUGGAGAAGUUCUGCCGUGAGCACAUCUUCAGUGGCAAGUGUGCCCUGGUGCCCUGCUGCCCUCAGUCACGGGCAGAUGAUGGGGAACCCAGUCUGACUCAGCACGGGGAACAAGGGCAGCAUCAGGAACAUAGCCAAGGGGAACAUGUGGAACAUGGACAAGAUCCCCCCGGACCAUCACAACCUGUGUCACGUGACUGCCCCAGUCUUCUGGCCGCUGAUCUCUCACCGGAAGCGGAAGUUGUCUCCAAAAUCCCAGCAGACGUAGAGCAGGUGGAGCAGAAGAUGGAGCUGGACGUGCUGGACGACGUGUCCGAACUUUUCCCCGCCCACGUGGACUUGUCGGGCAGCUCGCCCGUGCCCUCCCCUGCCCCUCCCUCCAACCUGUUCCAGUCGAUUGACCACACCUGCGGUCAGACCGGUGACGUCACCACUGAUCAGCUUGGGACGGGCCCAUCCUUCUACCCCAGCAGUGACCCGUCGCUUCUCGUCCCCAGUACCCCUGCCUUCACUGUCACCCCCGAGCCUGCAGACCAGUGCGGCAGUGGGUCGCUGGGUGGGUCGCUGGGUGGGUCGCUGGGUGGGUCGCUGGUUCGAACAGGCAACGUGACGUCACCUCACGCAUUCUAUCUGCUCUCUCCCAGCCAAUCAACGAGCGCCACGAGAGGGGGCAUGGACCACGUGAUGCUGACCAGCCAGGCGUCCAUUGACAUGAAAGAAACCACCGAGGCCGGCUCGACCAACAUGGACGCCCUGGUGGCCGGCGACGACAUCUACGACGAGCUCAGCCUUGACCUCUUCCUCAACAGCUACCAGCACUGUGACGUAGAGCUCUUCACGCAGACAGGCCCUACCUCACCCAUGACGCCCAUCUCCCCCUGCUCCCCCACCCUCUCCCACCCCGACUUCCCCCAGCCGGACCACGCACACCUCCUGCAGGCGGUCGAGAGUAUUUUGACUAGCGCCACGCCCACCCGCGUGCCCGGGCACGAGACGGCAGCCCGACCAGUCAUGCGGCGCGCCUCGUCAACCGUGUCGGUCCCUUCUCCCUACGGCAGUCACCUUCUGACGUCAUCACUGAGCCCGCCACCCAGCGUUCCCUCCCCCUCGAGCCACGGGGUCCCUGAGUCUCCCUCCAUCCUGACGGGCCUGGCCGUGUGCGAGGAGGGCCGCUACGUCACCCAGUUCUCCCCCGUUAGCUCCGCCUCCGGGGGGAUCCUCAGUCCAAUCAGAUACGCCGAGUUCUCAGAGGAAGAGUUCUUGAACCCGCGAUAGAAGAUCUGGCCGACCGCCCAGCGAUGAUUGACGGCCUGUCAGCACUGACUUGCUGUAGAACUGAACUUAGUCAAGGACUGACCCAGGCCGGACGUCAAGCACUGAGCCGAGGCCGGACGUCAAGCACUGACCUGAAGCAGGACGUCAAACAUCCAUCUUGAUCGACCCACUACAUCUUUCACAUCCAACUUUUAUAAACUUGUAUUUGGUUGGCAUCAUCUUAACGCGAACGUUUUGUAUAGGCCACGUAUAUUAAUUAUAUUUGUACCCGAGUUUGUAUGCCAUUUUUCAAAGGUAUUCUCUUAGUACUAUGUGACAUCUGUCUUUGUUAAGCGCCAUUUGUCUGUGUCGCGUGACAAUGAGUCUUUGUUGUACCGUAAAGCAUCUGUUUUUAGUACAUGACAUGUGUCUUUGUUUUCUAUGUGGGAUGUCCACCAGUAACAUCCUCAUCCCAAACUUCUCCCAAAGGUCUUUCAAAUUUUUAGAUAUAAUGUGUGUGUGUGUGCGUGUGUCUGUACGAAUGUGUGUGAGCGCGCGGUUAUUAUGUAAAUAUACAAUUCAUUGUUUAUGAAUGCAACAUUCCCAUUUAAGUGGUCAGAUAUUCGCGCAUACGACCGCAAACCGGAAAGUUUCAAGUUCUGAUCCCCGCGCUCAAGUAUGUAGGAAGUCCCUGAGUUCACCCAGCUCUAAUCGGUACCUGACUCGCGUUAGGGAAAUUGUAACACACAUAGGUAAACUACAUAGUGGGCUGGGGUGACCAUCUAGAGCCGUGAUGACGUAGUGGGCUGGGGUGACCAUCUAGAGCCGUGAUGACGUAGU